AUGGUCAAAAAGAAUCUCAAGCAAUGGAAUCACGAUGAUUUUGGCAAUAUUGAUUCGCACAUAUCAAGAUUGGAAAGUCUCAUUCAAAGCUAUGAUGAUUUGUCAAACCAAAGAAGUCUUGAUGAGGAGGAACUGGAUGGAAAAAAAUCAGCAAUAGCGGAUCUCUGGAUGUGGAUGAAACGCAAAGAGGUGUACUGGGCUCAAAAUUCGAGAGUAUCAUGGCUCAAGGAAGGAGAUCGGAACACAAAAUUCUUUCAUACUGUGGCAUCCAAUAAAAGGCGGAAGAAUUCAAUCUCCUCUAUUAAGGUGAAUGGUGUCAAAAUAGAUGAUCCUCCAAAGCUAAAAAGCUCAGCAGCAGCUUUCUUCAAAGAUAUCUUUAAAGAAGAAUGGGCCAAUAGGCCGGUUUUUGAAGGGCUCGAUUUUAGCCAUCUAUCGCAGGAGCAGGCUUCGAAAUUAAUCUUGCCUUUCUCAGAGGAGGAAAUAGACAAAGCCGUAUUUUCAUGUGAUUCAAAUAAGGCGCCGGGCCCCGAUGGCUUUAAUUUUAAGUUCAUCAAGUCUGCCUGGGAAUACAUAAAGCACGAUAUCUAUAUGAUUAUUCGUGAUUUCCAUGAAAAAGGCCAUAUACCGAGAGGAUGCAAUACAGCUUUUAUAGCAUUGAUCCCGAAGACUGAAAUGCCAAAUGAGUUCAAAGACUAUCGUCCGAUAAGCAUGGUAGGGUGUAUUUACAAAAUCAUUGCCAAGUUGAUGUCAAAGAGACUCCAAAACGUGAUGCAAACUCUUGUUGGUCCCUUUCAAUUCUCUUACAUUGAAGGUCGAUAUAUUCUGGAUGGAGCCUUGAUAGCGAGUGAACUUAUAGACUCUUGCAAAAAAAAGAGUAUAGAAGCAGCUCUUCUCAAGCUCGACUUUCACAAGGCAUAUGAUAGUGUUUCUUGGCAAUUCCUUGCAUGGAUCCUUCGACAAAUGUGCUUCCCUCCCUUAUGGUGCAAGUGGAUUAUGUCAUGUGUUUCAGCAUCAAUUUUGAUAAAUGGUUCGCCUAGCAAACCAUUCAAGCUCCAAAGAGGAUUACGGCAAGGUGACCCUCUUUCACCUUUCCUCUUCGUUCUUAUUGUUGAAGCUUUAAAUCAAUUAAUAAGAAAAGCAACAUCUAUGCAAUUGUGGAAUGGAAUUGGAGUCUCUUAUAGUGAUUUAAAGGUCACUCAUCUUCAAUAUGCCGAUGACACACUCAUCUUUUGUGAAGCAAAUCUUGAAUCUCUCAUGAAUAUCAAGAAAAUGCUAAUUGUGUUUCAACUAGCCUCCGGACUUCAAGUAAAUUUCCACAAAAGCUCGUUGAUUGGAAUUAAUACAUCUUCCUCAUGGACUCAAAUGGCUGCGCAAAUCCUUCUUUGUAAGAUUGGGUCCAUUCCUUUUUCCUAUCUUGGUCUCCCCAUAGGAGGAAAUACUUCUUCCAUACAAUUAUGGGAGCCUAUCAUGCUGAAAAUGACAAAGAAACUUGCCUCAUGGAAAGGAAAAAUGCUUUCAAUUGGUGGUAGAUUAACUCUAAUCAAGUCAUCUCUCACAAGCCUCCCAUUAUAUUUCAUGUCUAUUUACCCGGCUCCAAAAGGUGUUAUGCAAAAGAUAAUCAAGCUUGUAAGAUCUUUCUUAUGGGGUGGAAAUUCUAAUAAAUCCUCAAUGCCACUAGUCUCAUGGAAGAUUGUUCAGCUUCCAAAGGCGUGCGGUGGUCUUAGCAUUGGCAAUAUGGUGCACAAAAAUUUGGCCCUUUUGUUCAAAUGGAUUUGGCGUUAUUUUGAUGAUCCUUCCCAUCUAUGGUGCCAAGUGAUAAAGGCAAAAUACAAGUAUCCGUCCACUUUAACGAUCUCGGAUCUAUCAAUCCCUCCCAAAGGAGGACCAUGGAAACUCAUUUGCUCGACGAUUUUGAAGCACCCAGGAGCAAAAAAGUUAGCGCUUAAUGGGGUGAGGAGAAGCAUAAACAAGGGCGCUAAUUGCCUAUUUUGGUAUGACUCAUGGAUAGAUACACUGCCUCUUAAAAAUAAAUUUCCAAGACUUUUUUUGAUCUCAAUUCUGCCAAAUGCAUCUGUUGAUUCAUUCGGUUUCUGGGAAGGGGCAAAGUGGGUUUGGACCUUCUCAUGGAAAAGGCAUUUACGUCCUCAAGACAUGGUGGAAAAAGUGAGUCUUCUUCAGCUUCUGCAGAAUGUAUGUCCUGCCCAUGAUGGUAAGGAUGAGCUGAUUUGGUGCUUCAAUAGCUCUGGAAAGUUCUCAUCAAAAUCUUUCUCUCAAGAGCUUGAUAAUCUCGGCUCAGUUAUUCACAAUGAUGCGAUAAUGGGAGUGUGGAAAGGCCUUGUGCCGCACCGUAUUGAGAUCUUUGUAUGGGCUGUGCUACUAGGAAAAAUAAACACUCGCCAAAAGUUAGCACAUUUAAACAUCAUUCCUGCAGAAUGUGAUUCUUGCAUCCUUUGUUCUUCCUCAUCAGAAUCGUGCAACCAUCUAAUGUUGCACUGUGAGUUUGCUCAAAAGCUGUGGCAAUGGUGGCUUGACUUAUGGGGAGUUAAAUGGGUGUUUCCUCUCAAUAUUAGGUGCGCGUUUGAGCAAUGGAGGUCCCCGAAAAAGCUCUUGUUCUUCAAGAAAGUGUGGCAUGCUUCUUUCUUCAUUAUUGUAUGGUCAAUUUGGAAAGAGCGGAAUUUGCGAAUUUUUGAGAACUCUUUUAAUACAGCAAAACAAACUCAAGACUUGAUAUUAUUGAGGCUUGGAUGGUGGAUCAAAGGGUGGAGUUGUGAGUUCCCAUAUUCUCCAAUGGAUAUUCAAAGAAACCCAUCUUGUCUAAUGUGGCCCGGUUUCUCCUCAUGUGUUAACACCUCAAAAAUUAGUGUGGCAGCGUGUGAAUGGUUCCCUCCCAGUGAAGAUUGCCUGAAGUGGAACGUUGACGCAUCGGUCAAUCCUCUUCAGUCAAGGGCGGCCAUUGGAGGGGUUCUCAGAAAUAAAGAUGGAAAAUUCAUGUGCGUAUUCUCCUCUCCCAUACCCUUCAUGGAGAUUAAUUGUGCUGAAAUAUUAGCAAUACAUCGUGCAAUCAUGCUAUCCCUAUAUUGUGAGACCACGAAGUCAAGCAAAUUAGUCCUUGAAUCCGACUCGUCAAAUGCCGUAUUAUGGAGUAAUGGAGAUCGCUGUGGGCCUUGGAAUAUGCAUCAUCAUCUUAACUUCAUAAGAAAUGCAAGAAAGAAGCACCUUGACAUUUCAAUCUCUCACAUGGGAAGAAGUGCAAACUCAAUAGCUGAUGCUCUUGCCAAGCAGGGGCUGCAUAGGCAAGAGGAAUUCAUUGCGUGGUUGUGA